AUGUCUAUUCUACGACAUAAUCAUAUUCCAACUUCUUCUUUAUUAUUAAAUGCUAAAAAAUAUCAGUUAUACGAUACGUUAUCUCUAUUUAUAAUAUUUCAAUCUUUAAAUCAUCUUUUAAUUAUUCUUUUAUUGGUUUCUUUUAUAAUUUUUUCAAAUUAUCAUCAAUUGUUAUCGGAUGGUUUCAUUAAAUGCUUUAUUAAUAAAAAAUAUACUUCUUUGAAUUCUAUCUCCAACAAAUCUUCUAAUUUCCGACUGUUUAAUUCUAAUGUCAAUAACAAUAAUACAAAUUGUACUAUUAGUAAUAAUAUCAGUAAUGAUAAUGUCAACACUAUUGGAUUCUCAUCUUUAAAGCCUUCAAUACAUCAUUCUAAUUCUCAUCAUCAUUAUCAUUCCUCCCUUCAUUCAAAUUUAAACAGUUCGAAGAAUAAUAACAAUAAUAAUAAUUCAAAAUUCCAUUGGAGUAACUCAAUUAAGAAAAUAUCAAUAGUAGUUUUCUUUAUUGAAUUUAUUAUUAUCUUUAUUUUCUAUAAGAUUAAUCAGCCGGUUAUAUUAAAUUUAAUUCAAAAUCUAUCAUUAUCAAUAUUAUCAUCUUCUCUAAUCAAUACUACUUUGAAUUAUUUUCAAUUUGCAAUUUUUAACUCUUUAAUUUAUUCAAUAUCGAUUAAUUUCUACUUUAAACUGAUUAAAUUGUAUUCCAUCAAUAAUUAUAAUAGUAAUAAUAAUAAUAAUAGUAAUAUUUCCAAUGGAAUUAAUAAUACAAAUAAUGGAUUUAUAAAAAAUCCUGAUUCAAAUGAUUUUGAAUUUAAUAAUUUUCCAAAUUUAAAUUUAAAUAUAAGCUCAAGUAUAAUAUUAAGGUUCAAUAAUCAUUUUAAUUUGAAAAAUAGAUUUAAUUAUUUUACUAUUAGAAAUUUUAAAAAACUGGAUGAAUUAAACCAUUUCCUUAAUAAUAAUAACUAUAUCAUAUUUUUGCAUCUCUAUUUAUCAUUUCAUAUUGUCUCUCAAACUAUUAUUAAUCACUUAAUUAAUUCAAUCACUAAUCAUUAUUCAAAUACCAAUACAACAACUAAUCUUAAUCUCGAUACAACAACUGUAAACGUAAUUUCAAUUAAUAAUAAUACAAGUUCAUUCACAACAAAUACUACAAAUUUGAAUUCAAAUGGUGCAUCUGUAGCGAAUUUAACAUCUUCAUCACUAAGUAAUAACUCUAUUCCUGAUACUAAUUCCGUAUUAACAAAUAAUAAUGAUAAAAUACAUCAAGCAGGCAUUAAUCUCAAUUCAAAUAUGUAUAAUAGUGGUAGUAAUAGUAAUCUAUCAUCAACUUCAUCUAAUUUACAGGCUGGUUCUGAACACAUACCAAUUAUUCAAAAUUCGCCAAUGUCUCAAGCAAUAGUUAAAGAUAUUCAUAUCUCUACAAACACAGUUUUUUUCACAGAUAUUGUUUCGGACUAUAAAAUAUACGAGCCAACAGUGGUUUCAACUUCAGAUAAUAAUAUUCAAAUUGUAUCCACAAAUCUAACAGAUCAGCAUUCUAACAAUAAUAUCUCAUCAACUAAUAAUGUUAAUAACUCAAAUUCUAUCAAUACUAACCUGAAUCCAACUUUAAAUUUCAAUACGCAUAACGUGAUAAAUACUUCAUCAGAUAAUCCAGUAUGCAAUAAUAAAACCUACUUAAACCAACUUUAUGAAUUAAAUGUGAAUCUAGGUAAAUACACUGAUAUUAAUGAAAUUAGAAUUAAUGGUAAUGAUAGUAUCAUUAAUAAUGAUUUGAAAUUUACAAUAACCUCAAAUUUGGAAAACUUUAUUAAACGAAUUUUUAGCAAUACUUCAAAUUUCAAAACUACCUUAAUUUCACCAUUUUGGACUGUUUUUCUAGUAUUAAAAACCAUUUAUAAUGAAAAAAAUUAUAUCGAUGAAAUUGAUACAUUAUUUUCUACAGCACUUCCUACUACCUUCCAUAGCUCUACGGAGAAUAAUCAAGAUGAAAAAAUAUUACCCAUUAAUAGUUUCGAACCUUCAGAACUGACUAUUAAAAAUAAAAGUGUGUUUAAUAAUAAUAGUUUUGAUAUAUUAAAUAUCGAUUAUUCCGUUUAUAAUUCAAAUAACACCAACACUUCUACUUCACCAUCACCUGCAAAUAUCUGCUCGCCAUCUAUUACCUCUAAUUCAACAGGCAAUAAUGGUAUGGCCUUAGUUGCACAGAAUAAAGCUAAUGAUUAUUAUCAACUAAACUUAAUUUCAAACUCCUCUACUCAAUUUACUAUAAAUAACUAUAAAGUUUCCAUUAUUAGUAUUCAAUCAAAUUCAGUUCUUUUCCACAUUGAAAAUCUAUUUGAUGGUUUAUUAAUUGUUUUUGUUAAUGGUAUAUUAUGGUCUGAAGUUUCUUAUGCUUUAAUCAUGGAACAUAAAGGACAAGAAUUGGCUGAAAUCAGUGGCUUAGUACCAUCUUCUUCUUAUGACAUCAAGUUUAUUAACAGAACAACUCGAAAUGAUGAUUACCUUAUGGCAGAUAUUAUUCUUAGAACGUCUUCAAGUCUAAAUACUACUGAAAAUAAUACCAAUAGCUCGAGUAAUACCAAUAACUCGAAUAAUAAUCAGUCUAAUAUUAAAAAAGAUAAAUAUUCACAAGAACGAUUUGAACAGUUGGAUUUUUCCUUCCCAUCUUAUUAUCAUAGAAAAUUCUUAUCACCAAUAUUAACUUUAAAGCAUUCAAUAUUAACAACAAAUGCAAAUUUAUCUGAAGAAAGAUUGAAGUUAAAGAAAACUAAAAAGGAAAUAUCAAAGAAAUUAAAUGCACUAAAAAAUGAUAUCGAUAAUAUUAAAAUCAAAAUUAAUCAAAAAUCUUCCAACGAUGUAAAGAUGGCCAGUAAGAUUGAAAGUUUAAGAAUUUCAUUAAAUCAAACAGAAACAACUAUUAGCAAUUUAGAAAAAAAAUUAAAAUACUAUGUAGAGCAGGAAGUUUUAAUUGAGGAAAAUUAUUUGAAGAAUAAAGAUAUUCAUCUAAAAAGACAAUUAGAGUACGGGAAAUUGAAAGAUACUUUACAAAAUGAUAUUAUAAAUAAUAAGAAAAAAUCGUUACAAGCUGAUGAGGAAUUAAAGAAAUUGACUAAUAAAAAAGAUAAAUUGGAAACAGAAGAAAAAAAUUUGUCAAUUGAAAAUAAUAAAAGAACAAAAGAGUUUAAUUCUGCGAAGGAGGAAUUUUUAUCAUUAUUCAAAGAUCAAGCAGCCUUCAUGGAAGAAAAGAGAAAAUUACAAAAAAAUGAAUAUUCUUUGGAAGCUAAAGGUUUAGAACAGGAUAUUGCCCGAUUGAAGAGUGAAAAUGAUCAUUUACGGGAAAUAUAUGGAGCUUGA